AUGUCUUUGGUAGUCUACACUCUACUCAUCAUUCUGUGCAAUGUUUGGUGCUUGAUCCGUGGGGCUUCUGUGGCUGUCCCAGACAUUGCUGUGAGAUGUGCUGAAGAAGCGUUGCUGCCCUGUAAAGUUCUUCGGGACACUUCAAUCACCUACCAGACAGUGUCUUGGUAUAAAAUGGCUGGAGAAGGCAAAGGAAUAGCAUGGAAAGUCCUUGAUGUGGAAUCUCAAUAUCCCAAAGAACUUGGGGGGUCCCUGGAGCUCUCCAAUGACACCUUCUUUUCACUGAGGAUCAAAAACGUGACCAGCCAAAACAGUGGGACAUAUAAGUGCACUUUGGGGGAACAGAGAGGAGAACACAAUCUGAGCAGCACAGUCACAUUAAAAGUAACAGGUUGCCCUGGAAUAGAAGAUGAAAAAUUAAAAAAACACAAAGCUGAGCUUUUCAUGCUGACUUGCCUUGGGAUUUUUUAUUUGCUGCUCAUCUUUUUCACCUGUAUGUGUCUAAGAAAAGAGAGCAUGUCUCCCAAUAUUAAAAAACCCAAACCAGAUAUGCAGCACAUGCUCACUCUCAUCAAUGUACAUGAAAUGACAACUUUGCAGGCUUUAAACAGCAACAGCACUUGCAAAACUGAGCAUACUUCAGGUUCUGUCUAA